UUCCCUUCCCUUCUCUCUCUUCACUCUCUCCGCCUCUCCACUUGUGUGGCUUCACUUCCAAUUCCAUGAAUUAAUGUCAUUAAUUAUCUUAAAAUUUUAAAGAUUUCAUGUUCAAUACUAUUAUGUUUGACAUAAGAUUAAUAACGUAACUCUUAAUAGGUUAUUGCACGGAAGCGGGGUAAUCUCAUGCGUAUACUACAGGAAACGUCAUCGGCGCCGUUGUCGGCGCCUUCUCCUCCGCCGCCGAUCUCAUCCUCGCCCCCUCCACCACCCACCGCGUCAUCCCCGCCUCCACCCAAUUGGAGUUCGCCUCCUCCGCCGUUGAGAAAAAGUCCCCCACCCAGCAACAACACCAAGCCUCGAGGGCCGCCGCCGCCGCAGCUGCUGUCGCCUAGCGAAUUAGAUGAAGACUGGAGCGGCGGCCCUCCGCAAGCUCUAGCAGAAUCGAUCUCAUUUCCGUGGCCGCCGCCGAGUAAUAAAGAUCGUGAGCACGCCAUUAUAGGGUCGGCGGUAGGGGUAGGAAUGGUAAUCCUCUUUUUUAUCAUCUGCUGCAUAUGUUGUUGUAGAAAGAAGAAACGCAAGAAUCGCGAUGAUAGUAAAAAUUAUUAUCAAGAAAAGCCUCAUAAUUCAGGUAUUAUAUAUACAGGCGGAAACUACUACAACAACACGUCGCAUAGGCAGAGAAAUUGGCAGAACAACGCGGGGUACAGGACCAUGGACGGCAACAUGAAAUACCCGGUGCCGGCGAGCUCCGGGGUGAGCUCGGAGCAAUGGAUGCCGGCCCCGCCCCCGCCUCCGCCGAUGCUGAGCGCGCAGAGCUCAGGCGGAUUCUCAGGGCCCCCACUGCCGCCGCCGCAUCCGGCGAUGAUGUGGAGCGGGUACAACCAGAGCACGUUCUCGUACAACGACCUAGCGGCAGCGACGGGGGGUUUCGCGCAGGCGAACCUCCUGGGGCAGGGGGGGUUCGGGUACGUGCACAAGGGGGUUCUGCCGAACGGGAAGGAAGUGGCGGUGAAGAGCUUGAAGUCCAACAGCGGGCAGGGGGAGCGCGAGUUCCAAGCGGAGGUGGAUAUCAUCAGCCGCGUGCAUCACCGCCAUUUGGUGUCCUUGGUUGGCUACUGCAUCGCAGGAUCCCAGCGGAUGUUGGUUUAUGAGUAUGUCCCCAACUCCACUCUCGAGGAUCACCUACAUGGAACAAACCGCCAGUCUAUGGAGUUUUCGACUAGGCUCAGAAUUGCUUUGGGUGCUGCCAAAGGCUUUGCUUACCUUCACGAAGAUUGUCAUCCUCGCAUUAUCCAUAGAGAUAUUAAAGCUGCAAAUAUUUUGCUUGAUAACAAUUUUGAAGCCAAGGUGGCUGAUUUUGGAUUAGCCAAGCUUUCGUCGGACAACAAUACUCAUGUUUCAACCCGUAUAAUGGGCACGUUUGGGUACUUGGCGCCUGAGUAUGCUUCGAGCGGAAAGCUCACGGACAAAUCCGACGUGUACUCGUUCGGGAUCGUGCUUCUAGAACUCAUAACUGGACGACGCCCUGUCGACAUCACUAGGGAUGAUGAUGAUGACACUCUAGUUGAUUGGGCUCGGCCAAUUUUGACGAACGUGGUGGGAGAAGGAGGAAGCUACGUAGAGCUGAUGGAUCCACGGCUAGAAGGCCGCUAUGAGCAUGGAGAAGCGCUUCGUAUGGUAACCGCCGCCGCCGCCUGCAUUAGACAAUCUGCAAGAAGACGUCCUAAAAUGAGCCAGGUUGUUCGGGCUCUGGAAGGCGAUGUGUCGUUAGACGAUCUGCAGGAAGUGAUGAAGGCGCAGGGAUCAUUGUCGGCGAGCAACUCCGAAUACGACUUGCAAAGACUUCAAAAGUCGGCCGCCGGGAUGUCUAAUCAAAGCUUCACCACCGGUAGCGACGUCAGCGACUAUUCUCAGUCGAGUUCCAACGAAAUGAGACGACCCAACACGGGAUUCCACCUCGGCCCCUGAUUCCUUUGUAAAUCAAAUCAAAUAAAAAAAAAUCAAAAAUUAAUUUUCCAUGCUAAUAAUAAGGUAGUCGGAAACUGCGAAUAGCACUAGUUUUCUAGUUUCUAAAGUUUUGGCUUUUUACAGGAGUUGUUCGUUUUAGAGUUUUUUUUAGAAGAAUUGGAUGCAUAUUUUAAUUAUUUGUUGAUUUUUUUAAUUAGGAAUUGGUAGGAUGGAGAUUCAUUAGGGAUUGUCAGUUGUAUUGCAGCCAACUUUUCUUAAUGAAUGCAAGU